AAAGAAAAAGGAUUUCCUCUGGGCUGCUGCCACGACUCUGAUGUUUUAUGCUGAUAAAAUAUUCCCUUCUUAAAAAAAAGUUCUGGGAAAAUCAUGCCACUUCAACUUGGAAGCGAAACCCACCCUAACUUUCGUCUUAAAACGCAGCGAAGUGAAAGGUCUGCUCCUCUUUCACGAGGGUUUUCUUCCUUACCGUUCGGGUCUUGCUACCGGGACCUAGCUGGGUCCGCAGCUUUCUUCGGAGGCUGGCGCGGGAGGAGGACUACAGGAUCCAGAGGUCUUUGGAAACUCCAGCAGCUCCAAGCUUGUUGGCUACUACAGUUUCCCUGAGGAGUGACGCUGCGAAAACAAACCCUGAUUGGUCAGGCCUGAGCUGAGUUCUCCAUUUAUGGACAGAUUGCCCGGCCCGAGCCGAGACUCAGCCAGAGGAGUACGGAUUAAGUGGCCGAAGAAAGAGGAACGAGGCAGGAGAGCGAGGCGGACGCUCCGAGUACAUCGGACUCACCUGGGCCGGCGGCGAGCGGCGGGUCAGAGUGGACUCCUGCCCUCCGCAGCAUGCGCCCCGCCUGCUAGGUCGCAGCCGUCUCGCCCUCACCUAACGCCGCCGAUCCCGCCUGGAUGGAGUCCCCCCUGGGUUCCCAUUGGCUCCUGUGAGUGCUUGGGUGUCUGGAGCCUGUUUUUGGCGAGGGGAACCAACUUUUGAAGUUCGCCCAGGAGACUGCGUUCCAGCCCCAGCUCCCCUGCAGCGGGACCCGGCGGAGGCGCGACCGCGGCGCGAGUCACCAUGGGAAGCAAAGGUGCCUACCGAUACCACUGGCAAAGCCACAAUGUCAAGCACAGUGGUGUGGACGACAUGGUGCUACUCUCCAAGAUCACAGAGAAUUCCAUCGUGGAGAAUCUGAAGAAGAGAUACAUGGACGACUACAUUUUUACAUACAUAGGAUCUGUAUUAAUCUCAGUCAAUCCUUUCAAGCAGAUGCCAUAUUUUGGGGAAAAGGAAAUUGAAAUGUACCAAGGAGCGGCACAGUAUGAAAACCCACCACAUAUCUAUGCCCUUGCUGAUAGUGUGUACAGAAACAUGAUCAUCGACAGAGAGAACCAGUGCGUCAUCAUCAGUGGUGAAAGUGGUGCUGGAAAAACAGUGGCUGCCAAAUAUAUCAUGAGCUACAUCUCCAGAGUGUCUGGAGGAGGCCCCAAAGUCCAGCACGUGAAGGACAUUAUCCUGCAGUCCAACCCACUGCUGGAGGCCUUCGGGAACGCCAAGACCGUCCGGAACAACAACUCCAGCCGAUUUGGAAAAUACUUUGAAAUCCAGUUCAGUCCAGGUGGGGAACCAGAUGGUGGAAAGAUCUCCAACUUCCUUCUGGAAAAAUCUAGGGUGGUGAUGAGGAACCCAGGAGAGCGGAGUUUUCACAUAUUUUACCAGCUCAUCGAGGGCGCCUCUGCAGAGGAGAAGCACAGCCUUGGCAUCACCAGCAUGGACUAUUAUUACUACCUGAGCCUCUCGGGCUCAUACAAGGUUGAUGACAUUGACGACAGGCGGGAGUUUCAGGAAACUCUGCACGCCAUGGAUGUGAUUGGGAUCUUUGCAGAAGAGCAAACGCUGGUGUUGCAGAUCGUGGCGGGUAUUCUCCACCUGGGAAACAUCAGCUUCAAAGAAGUUGGCAACUACGCAGCUGUGGAGAGUGAAGAGUUUUUAGCUUUUCCUGCAUAUCUGCUAGGGAUAAACCAGGACCGGUUGAAAGAAAAGCUAACAAGCCGGCAGAUGGAUAGCAAGUGGGGAGGCAAAUCCGAAUCCAUCCACGUGACCCUCAAUGUGGAGCAGGCCUGUUACACCCGGGAUGCGCUCGCCAAGGCCCUGCACUCCCGGGUUUUUGAUUUCUUGGUAGAUUCGAUCAAUAAAGCCAUGCAGAAAGACCAUGAAGAAUACAACAUUGGCGUCCUAGACAUCUAUGGCUUUGAAAUAUUCCAGAAAAAUGGCUUUGAACAGUUUUGUAUCAAUUUUGUUAAUGAAAAACUGCAGCAGAUUUUUAUUGAACUGACAUUAAAGGCGGAACAGGAAGAAUAUGUUCAAGAGGGAAUAAGAUGGACACCCAUUGAGUACUUUAAUAAUAAAAUUGUAUGUGACCUCAUAGAGAACAAAGUGAACCCUCCUGGCAUCAUGAGCAUCCUGGAUGACGUGUGUGCCACGAUGCAUGCGGUGGGUGAGGGGGCAGAUCAGACGCUGCUCCAGAAACUUCAGAUGCAGAUUGGGAGUCAUGAGCACUUUAACAGUUGGAACCAAGGCUUCAUCAUUCAUCAUUAUGCUGGGAAGGUAUCCUAUGACAUGGAUGGAUUUUGUGAAAGGAACCGGGAUGUGCUUUUUAUGGAUCUCAUCGAGCUUAUGCAGAGCAGUGAGCUGCCUUUCAUAAAGUCUUUAUUUCCGGAAAAUCUGCAAGCUGACAAGAAAGGGCGCCCAACUACUGCCGGAAGCAAAAUAAAGAAACAAGCCAAUGACCUUGUGAGCACCCUGAUGAAAUGUACGCCUCACUACAUUCGCUGCAUCAAGCCAAAUGAAACCAAGAAGCCCAGAGACUGGGAGGAAAGCAGGGUAAAACAUCAAGUUGAAUAUCUGGGUCUGAAAGAGAACAUUCGAGUGAGAAGAGCUGGCUAUGCCUAUCGGCGCAUUUUCCAAAAAUUCCUACAGAGGUAUGCCAUUCUGACCAAAGCCACCUGGCCCUCUUGGCAAGGAGAUGAGAAGCAAGGCGUCCUGCACCUGCUGCAGUCAGUCAACAUGGACAGCGACCAGUUCCAGCUGGGGAGGAGUAAAGUGUUCAUCAAAGCCCCCGAGUCUCUAUUUCUUUUAGAAGAGAUGAGAGAGAGAAAGUAUGAUGGGUAUGCUCGAGUGAUACAGAAAUCAUGGAGGAAAUUUGUGGCCCGGAAGAAAUACGUUCAGAUGAGAGAAGAAGCCUCAGACAUCUUACUGAACAAGAAGGAGAGAAGGAGAAACAGUAUUAACAGGAACUUUAUAGGCGAUUACAUUGGGAUGGAAGAGCACCCGGAACUCCAGCAGUUCGUGGGCAAGAGGGAGAAGAUUGAUUUUGCAGACACGGUAACCAAGUACGACAGGAGGUUCAAGGGUGUAAAGCGAGACCUGCUUCUUACCCCAAAGUGCUUGUACUUAAUCGGACGAGAAAAAGUGAAACAGGGCCCAGACAAGGGCCUGGUGAAAGAAGUCCUGAAGCGGAAAAUCGAGAUAGAACGGAUCUUGUCUGUGUCCCUCAGUACUAUGCAGGAUGACAUUUUUAUUCUCCAUGAGCAAGAGUAUGACAGUUUGCUUGAAUCUGUCUUCAAAACUGAAUUCCUAAGCCUCUUAGCAAAGCGUUACGAGGAGAAAACCCAGAAGCAACUACCUCUGAAAUUCAGCAAUACGCUUGAACUGAAGUUGAAAAAGGAGAACUGGGGUCCCUGGAGUGCAGGGGGCUCCCGGCAAGUGCAGUUCCACCAGGGCUUUGGAGACCUGGCUGUCCUCAAGCCCAGUAACAAAGUGCUGCAGGUCAGCAUUGGACCUGGACUGCCCAAGAACUCCCGCCCUACCAGAAGGAACACUACCCAAAAUAGAGGUUAUUCCAGUGGGACCCAAAAUGCCAACUACCCAAUGAGAGCGGCCCCUCCUCCCCCAGGAUACCAUCAGAACGGAGUCAUCAGAAACCAGUUUGUGCCACAUCCCGAUGCUCCUGGAGGCCAGAGGUCCAGUCAGAAAAGCCUGUACACCUCCAUGGCCCGCCCGCCCUUGCCACAGCAGCAGUCUACUGGUUCAGACCGCGUGUCACAGACGCCAGAGAGCCUGGAUUUCCUCAAGGUCCCAGACCAGGGAGCCGCAGGGGUCAGGAGACAAACGACCAGUAGGCCUCCCCCAGCAGGGGGCAGACCCAAGCCCCAGCCCAAGCCCAAGCCUCAGGUGCCACAGUGCAAGGCUUUGUAUGCCUAUGAUGCUCAGGACACAGACGAACUCAGCUUUAAUGCCAAUGACAUUAUUGAUAUUAUCAAAGAAGAUCCUUCUGGCUGGUGGACGGGUCGACUACGAGGCAAGCAGGGCCUGUUCCCCAACAACUAUGUGACCAAGAUCUGAGGCGCCCAUGACUCUGACACGUGGGGCAGAGGAGCUCCAGGCACAGACCAGGGGAGGGGAUAUUUAGGGGCUCCCCUUACAAUCCACAAUGAGCAACUGCUUCUCCAAGGCCUGGUACCUUCCCCAUGGAGGACACUGAAAAGACUGGGUUGGGGACAGGGAGUAUCACUCCGUAAGUGAUCCUAAAAGGUAGCCUCUUCAUAGGAACCCAGGAGGGCAAAACCACCAUGCAUUAAGAUUUAUUUAUUGUAUUUAAACCUGGUGAGAGGACAAGUGAGGUCUGCUCAGACCUUGUAGGCUUCUAUCAAAACAGCACCCGGCUUGCUCACCAGGCCUAGGGAAUGGCUGUAGGCGGCCGCUGACAAGUGCCUUUAGUUGAAGAGCACAUUUCUUUCAUCUCUUUUGUCUGUACCUGAUACACACAUUCCUCUCUGCCACCUUCCCUCAGGGAGGACCCGCCCUCUGCAGACUGGGCUCAGCGUGAGCAGGCACUUCCCACGCACAUGCCAAGGGCAAGCUGGCCUGCUGAGCCCAGGGGACAGCGGAGCACUGGUUUACACUUUGCCGGGACCAUCAGGGCCGCCAAGCAGGUCGGGGCUGGGGGCUGGGCUGCCAGCUUUGCUUUCUCUGGGUCUUCAGUUGGAAUGUGGCUGGCCCAUGUUGGUUUGUGUUUAAAUGCUGUACUUAUUACAAGAAGGAUCUUUUUUCAAGCUGUACAUUUAUAAAAACAGAUCAUAUACUGUAUAUAUAAAAAUCUUAAGAUGGUAGAAACAUGUAUGAAUGUACUAAGUAGUAUUCCACUGUACUCAUUCAUAAGGUAGGUUUUCUUACAAAACUCACACCAGGUACUUACAGAUGUGCCCUGCUCUUUUCCAACGACGGAAUGUCAUUGCUUUCUAGCUCAGUCCCUGCAGAUUCUUCUCAACUCUUUCCCUAUAGGAAACGUCCUCCGCAUCCCGCCCCCACCUCCUAAAUAAAUAAAGGAAUCCGCGAACACCUUCUUCUUU